AUGGACGAGGAGUCGGAACCAAACCCUGCCGUAGCAGAGGAGGCAGGGGAGCGGGUGGAGCCCAUGGAUGCCACUCCUUCCCCUCAGCAGCAGCAGCAGCAGACCACACCCCCCUCCUCUGAGGCCGGGGACGCAGUUUCCAUGGUAACGGAAGAUGGAGCCACAAAGGAGGGUGGCGCAGAGGACAAUGACGAUGAUGUGGUUCUGGUAGAGGAGGAGGCUCCCCAGUCUCCUUCAGCCACAACCCUUCCCCAAGACACGCCCAGCACAGACUGCCUCGAGCUGCCUGCCGCUGCUGCUGCUGCUGCUGCUGCUGCCGUGGCAACCGUAGACAUGUCCACAUCAGCAGCAGCAGUAGCAGCAGCAGCACCCUCCAGAAUCCCCAGUCCUCCCGCGCUUUCCAGCGCAUCCACGGCAGCAGCAGCACCUCUUCCUCCUCCUCCAACCGCAGUAGCAGAGCCCAUUAUCAUCGAUGACGAGGAGGACUCCGAGCAGAAAGACACUUCCUCCUCAUCGGCGCCCCCCGGAGGCUCCUCGGCGUCUCACUCGCCGGGCGCCCUCAGCAGCACAGACCCGGAUUCGGAAAUCAGGAUCGCCAGCGUCACCACGCUGGGCGAGAAAGGGAGCUUAGCGGUUUCCACAGCAAAUACCCUGCCUCAUCCGGUGGACAUCGAGGGGGACAUGAACCUGAUGAUCACCUCUGUGACAUCACUGCAGGGAGGGGUGGCAGCGGCAGAUGAAUGCCAGGUGGAGGAGAACGGCCUGCAGAUCAGCAGCGCCUUCAGCCUCAAUCCCGACAACGCGUCACCCGGUCGACCCACGGCCUCCUUCAACCCUGGGCGGGGCUCGGGCUCCAUAGACCAGCUGGUACAGAAUGGAGACACGGGGUCGCACAACAGGACAGACUCAUGGAUCUCCCAGUCGGCUUCAGUCCCUCGCAACCAAAAACAAACCGGGGUGGACUCUCCGUCACCUGCCACCUCCUUGCCCAAACCUCCAGGCCAGUCUUCCUCCUCGUCUUCUCCAGGUUCACAGCCACAGCCCAGGACAGUCAAGGUGACCUGUGCUAACUGUAAAAAGCCUCUGAAGAAAGGCCAAACGGCCUACCAGCGGAAAGGCUCCACACACCUGUUCUGCUCCACCACCUGCCUCUCCGCCUUCUCACACAAACCCACACCCAAGAAAAGCUGCACCAUGUGCAAAAAGGACAUAACAAACAUGAAGGGUACCAUCGUCGCCCAGGUUGACUCCAGCGAGUCCUUCCAGGAGUUCUGCAGCACCGGAUGCCUCGGCGCAUACGAGAACAAGCAAAACCCACCCAAAUCAGGCCUCAAAACCAAAUGUACCGUCUGCGGGAAGCUCACAGAGAUCCGGCACGAGGUUAGCUUUAAGACCGUCACCCACAAGAUCUGCAGCGACACGUGUUUCAACGUUUACCGCCGGGCAAACGGCUUGAUCAUGAACUGCUGCGAGCAAUGCGGUGACUACCUACCCAGCCGAGCGUCGGCCAACCAUUUCCUGCUGGUCGACGGCCAACAGAAACGCUUCUGCUGCCAGAACUGCAUCAGGGAGUACAAGCAGGCCCACAGUAAGCUUGCGAGCUGCCUCACUUGCAAAACGUUGAUCAAGACCGGCGAGGUGCUACACAGCCUCGGAGCGGGCGGCACCAUGGGCUCCUACUGUUCUGUCAACUGCAUGAACAAGGGCAAGCUGGCGUCAACUUCCUUCCACAACACAGAACCCUCGUGUCACUUCUGUAAGAGGAAUUCAUUACCGCAGUAUCAAGCCACCCUGCCAGAGGGAAACAUCCUCAACUUCUGCAGCUCACAGUGUGUCACCAAGUUCCAGAACGCUACUCUUCAAACGGCCACUAACGGACAGACGCCGCUCUCCACCACAAACAACACCGUCCAGCUGAAGUGUAACUACUGUCGAGGAGCGUUCAGCCUCAAACCCGAAACUCUUGAUUGGGAGGAUAAGGUGUACCAGUUCUGCAGUAAGGCGUGUUGCGAGGAUUACAAGAAGCUCCACUGCAUCGUGACGUUUUGUGAACAAUGUCAAGAAGAGAAGACGUUACACGAGACGGUCAAGUUCUCCGGGGUUAAGAAACCAUUCUGCAGCGAAGGUUGUAAGCUGUUAUUUAAGCAGGAUUUCAUCAAGCGGUUGGGUCUGAAGUGCGUCACCUGCAACCACUGCAGCCAGCUCUGUAAGAGAGGUGUGACCCGGCAGCUGGGCGGCAUGACGCGGGACUUCUGCAGCGAGACGUGUGCCAAGAAGUUUCACGACUGGUACUACAAGGCGUCGCGGUGUGACUGCUGUAAGGUGCAGGGUAACCUUACCGAGUCCGUGAUGUGGAGAGCAGAGUUGAAGCAGUUCUGUGACCAGCAGUGUCUGCUCAAGUUCUACUGCCAGCAGAACGAGCCCAUCAUGGUGACGCAGAAAGGCCCAGAGAACAGCAGCCUGGGGUUUGAAGUGCAAGGGGCCAAACUUGGGCUGGUGAACCAGGGUACAGUGGCGUACGCUGGCGGAGGUCUGAUGAGGGAUGUGAAGAACAAGGCGGUUCUCUGCAAGCCGCUCACCCUGACCAAGGCUACCUACUGCAAACCACACAUGCAGAGCAAACUAUUACAGACAGAUGUGGAUGAUGGUGUGAAGAGGGAGUACAUACCUAUACCCAUACCUGUGCCCGUCUUUAUGCCCGUGCCAAUGAACAUGUACUCCCAGAUCACUCCUAUGCCAGUCUCCCUGCCUGUACCGGUUCCUGUGCCUGUGUUCCUGCCCACCACCCUGCAGGGGGCGGAGCAGAUCAUCCAGACCAUCAACGAGCUGAAAACCAAGGUGCCCUCUGACCCCCUGGAGGCCGACCUGCUGUCCAUGGCUGAGAUGAUUGCAGAGGAUCAGAAGCCAGAUGUGAAAGCAGUGAAGGUGAAGAUGGAGCACGUAGGGGAUGAGAACAGCAGCAGCAGCAGCUCCGAGGAAGAGGAGGAGCAACAGAAGGAGGAGGAGGAGGAAAAGUAUGAGCCUGAUUUGGACCUGGAGUCAGACUUCCCUCAAGCCUCAGAGCCUGUUCCUGUCCUGGAGGGAAUGGACGAGGACAUGGGCUUUUCUUUACCUCCAGUCCUGGCAGAGGAGAAGGAGGAGACACAGGAGUCUGCACCUCGACCACAGCCCAGAAGACAAGGAAAUAAGAGGCAGGCUGUGGAGGAGAAAUCAGGUCCGGCCUCGUCGUCUUCGUCUCCUUCUCGUCCAGCAGACAGACACUCAGAAGGACGUUCGCUGCCUCUCAAAGCUCGCUACGGCGUCAAUGCCUGGAAACGCUGGGCGUUGUCUCCUCCAGACCAAUCAGAUGACACCAAAGUAAAGGACGGCACCAAACUAGCUCCUGCAGCUCGCUCAAAAAGUAACCUGCUGUCGCUGAGCUCAGAGGAACUGAACGUGGCUUUGUCCCAGUUUGUCAGGGAGGUUUGCAGGCCAAGUGGGGAGCGCUACUCUCCAGACAGCAUCCUCUACCUCUGUCUGGGGAUCCAGCAGCAUCUUCACUCCAAAGGCCGAAAAGAUGACCUGUUCAGCGACCCAUGCUACCAGCAAUUUGGUGAAGAACUCAACAAGGUCCUGAAGGACUGGCAGCCCAGCGUGCUUCCUGAUGGCUCACUGUGGGGUCGGGUGGAGGAGCAGAGUCUGUGGAGCAGCCGGCAGCUCGGGGAGCACAGCGCCGCCGCUCUGCUGCACUCGCUGGUCUACCUGAACACCAAGUACUUCGGCCUGCGCACCGUGGAGCAGCACCUCCGCCUCUCCUUCGCCAACGUCUACGGCCCCGACACUGUCCAUCCUGUCACCAAGGAGACCACGGUCUGCAUCCGCGUGCCUUCCAUCUCUCAGGAUCCCCAUGUUCAAACAGAGUGUAAGAAGAGGAAGCGUCAGUCGGAGGAAGGCGACCAGGACUACGAACCAGACGACGACUCGGGAGGUUCAACCGUACGCUGUCCUGUCAAGAAGCACGAAUGCCAUCUAUACGAUCUCUACAGGUCCAAAUGCAUCUUCCUCGCCACCGCUCGGGGUCAAGAGGAAAGCAAACGAACACAGGUUUUUCACAAGGGAGGAGUGAGGGAGGAGGAGUGUCUGGUGCUGAUGCUGCGUUCUGCAGAGCUGGAAGUUGAAAUUCCAUCUUUGAAGCAUUAGGUAGACAUGCUGUUCACAAUUCAGCUGCUGAUCAUGUUUAUUUGGCAGAACAAUAGCAACUCUACAUGCUACUCUAUCUUAAAUGUAUAUUUUAAAAGAUGAUUGAACACUAAAUAUUGUACAGCUUAGAAAUAUGAUCGGUGGCAUGUCCAAACACAUGAACAGUGACAUAAUAUUGCACUUUUGUUUACCAUUUUAGAUGGAACCAAAGGCAAGAGUUUGUCUUUAAGGAGUAAAUUAACACCUGGAUCAGUAAUAUGUUUCACCGUCCUCUAGGUUGAAAAUGUCAUGCCUGUUUCACCACAGACCAAAGCCAGCAUCACUGAUGGGUGAGCUCUACUGCACCUGUAAUCACACCUGACAGUGAUGUCACAGCACCCUGUAGUACAUCUGUAUAUCACUGCAACAAACUAAGACCAUAAACCACUAGAGGUCAGUAAGACAAGAUUAUCAGGGGGUGGUGAGUUACUCCUGAACACAUAGAUGGUUUUGUAUAUGUUAGAUAAAGGCCCUGCACAUUCACACAGCUGAUUUCUUGAUUAAUUAGAUUUAUUUUCUUAAUAUAAAUUAAUUUAACUCAAUGCACAAAGAAUGAAAUGAUACAAGUGGUCCUUCUGCAGAAGUGAAGUCAAGGCGCAAAGCCUUUAACAAGAUACCUCAUCCAGUUAGAAGUGUGGGUGUGUAGAGCCUUUAAAUUUCAUGGAUUUAAACUUAAUUGGCUUCAAGUGUAUUUUGAUAAUUGCCCUGAUGAAGAUGUGUUAAGUAUGGACCUCCAGUGUGAGAAAUGUAGCCACACCCACACACUCACAGGAUAAUUCCCUUAGCCUUUUUUUUACUGCAGGAAUAUGGAAUUUCUGACUUUUCUCACGCAUGUUGAACGCAGCAUCAGAUCUCUUAUCUAGUCAGGGUGUCCUACUGCAUCACACAUUAACCGGGCUGCUUUUCAUUCCUUCUUCACCAUCAUCAUCAUCAUCACGUUGCCUCUUCUGCUACCGCUCUUCCUCUGUCAGUACUGCUCUCCGGCCAAAAAGCGCAGGAUUCAGGAGUGAUCCCAGGACGGUUACAAAAAAAAGUGGCUGCGGUGCAGGGAGGAAAGGCAACCUACCGACAUGCUGCGUUUCUUUUCUAGGACAUUAGGGGAACCUUCCUUUUUAUGUGAUGUAGCAUUAUAAUGCGUACUAAGCCCAGAUUGGGUCGCUUUUGAAAUGUAAAUAUCUCUUAAAACGAGGCAGUUAUCGGAGAGACAGCAGAGGGGACACUGUAGUUUGGGUGGAGGAAGCAUCCCACGGAAACCUUCAGCUUGAAAAACCGGCCUCCUGAGAAACCCCCCCCCCCCCUUUUUUCUUCUUUUAAAAAAAAAUAAAGGACUGAUUAUUUAUUUCUGCUCUUAUUAGUUUGACAGUAUCCUCUUUACACAUCGUGAUGGGAUGUUUGAUUUUUAUGGGUGCCAUUUUUCUUUCUCCACUUUCACUCACUGAAAACCAGCUGCAGUCCCGUUCCCUCACCUCUCUCGUCCAUUUUAAACGGUAGCCCGAACCCCAUUAAAACAAGAAGGACACGGACAAUUAAAGGGUUCAUAAACAGAUUCCCCACAGACUAUUUUUGCAACUUUUCUUUCUGCCUCUGUCACCUUGUUUGUAUUUUCCUGACAUCUCUGUUAUUCUUGGUCUCCUUUUUAAACCUUUAAAUCUCGGUUUAGUUUGAAAAAUCGAGCACUUGUGAAUAAGCGCUCUUGUUCUUCUUCCAAGCUGUUUCAGAGUGCUAGCACUGCAAAGCUAAAGCUUGUGUUGUAAUAAAGAAUUUGUUGGACAUCGUUUUUCUUUUUCAUGAACCAAACUGAAGUUUUCUGUCUGAGUUACACUAUCAAUUCAUUUUAGGUUUUUUUCCUAAUUUAUAUGCCCCCCCUCCCUCCUUUUUUUUGUUUUUUACUUUGAUAUUAUGGAUAUUAUUUUGAAUUUGCAUCGUUUGUUUUCAAUAAAUUGGAGAAAGUGUCAUCAUGCUAAACAUGAAUUCAAGGUUGGUUGUUCUGAGGAUUUAGUUCUUUUUUUCUACCACUUUCUUAAUCAUUCAUUGACCUUCAUUUCAAAUAGCGAGAAGACUCUGGAGAGGUAAAGCAUGGCUACACUUCUACACCCUACAAAUGUACGUCUCCACACCCGGUGCUCAGAAUAUUAGGAACACCUCCCCCACACACUGCUUUACACACAAUAUCUCAAAUUGGUAAUCAGGUGUCUUUUCUCUGCAUGAUCCACAUCACUGCUCCUCCUGACUGAAGGUUUAACCUGUAAACUCAUUUAGGGAUGAUGAUUUGAAAGAGAUGUUCCUAUUAUUUUGUACACUGGACUGCAUUGACAGGUGUACAACUUUGGUGUUACAUUACAAAAAAACGAAGAUAAGUGGAAGUUGAGGGAGAACAUCGGUCUGGAUUUCCGUAUCCCAGACUAAAAUCCAAACCUUUAAACUUGACUGUGGACAUUAAAGUAAAAACUGACCCUGGAUCAGAGGACCUUGGUUUGAACCGACUGACUUUUUCUUUUUGGUCUUGCUGGACUCUUGAGGCAGCGACUGACAGUAGACGCUGUGGCUGGCAUCAAUGCCUAAUGUGAAUGUGCCUAACUGUAUAUACUGAAAGUGAGUGAUUGUGACUUGAGUCUGAUGCUA